AUGUCUUUUCCAAGAUCAAGAAUAAUCAAUGAUAGAGACAUUGAAGAGUACUUGUCUGCUCUGGAAGGAGGAUAUCUGUCAGAAGAUGGCAUGGAAAUGUCUGAUACGGAAGAUAAUGAGGAAAGUAUCUUUUACACCAACAGAAAUGAACCAAUGCAAGACAUAGAGGAUGAUGAUAAUCUGGAAAAUGAACCUACUUUACAUGAAGAACAAGUUGAUGUGCAUGAUCCCCCUCUGAUUCUAGAAACUGUGGCAUCUAAAACAGGAGAAAACUCUGCUUGUUCGACUUGGGUGUUAGACAAGAGGAAGCUGAUUUGGAAGAAGAGUACACUUCAGUUUUCUGAGUCAAAUAUUGAAUUUGAAGGAAGCACUGAUCUAGAAUUCCUAAUAACAAACUACCAGACAAAAAAAGAGAUGAUGAAAAAAAAUACCCCUAGGGGUACUUAUGAAGAAAGAACAGCAUCAUAUGACGGAAUUGAUUUAGCUUGCAUAGCAUGGAAGGACAAUAAAAUAGUGACUAUGUUAUCAAGUUACGUAGAAGCAGAGCCUGUUUCAACCGUCAAAAGGUUUGAUAAAAAGACGAGGGAAAGAGUUGAUAUAUUGUGUCCAAAGUCCAUUACAGAAUAUAACAGUCAUAUGGGGGGUGUUGACUUGUUAGAUAGUUUCUUGGGUAGAUAUCAUAUAAGAGUAAAAUCUCGCAAAUGGUAUAUUCGUAUAUUUUUCCAUUUGUUUGAUCUGGCUGUUAUCAACUCCUGGAUUAUAUAUAAAAAUAAUGCAAAAAAAGAAAAUGUUGCAAAAAAGAACAUUUUAAACUUAGGUGAGUUCAGAAACGAGCUGGCCUAUGUUUUAUGUAACUCAGGCACAAAUGAAAAUAAAAGAGGUCGGCCUAGCUCUUCCAGCCUGGAGCAGGAGUUGCAAGCUAAGAAGAAGAGGUUACAAUCAAAACCAAUCCCUCCAUUGGAUAUACGGAUGGAUGGUCUUGGGCACUGGCCAGAUGUUGGUGUGUCGCUUCGUUAUAACGCUCAUCCCGGUGAAAUUGAAGUAGCAGCGGUCUUUCUCUGCUUAUGCGGUUUAAUGGUAGAUAAAACACUCUGCAAUGAGUUACCGUCUGUAAUAGCCGCUGCUAGCGUACAAAACGCCUUACUGCUGCUGGGCAAACGGGACUUGAUGCUGCGCCUUCAGACAUGUGCUGUGUUUAAAGCAGCAAAAAAUAAGACGACGAAUAUGUGUUGCAUUUGCUCAACAUUGCGUACAGCGGUGCGUAUUGUGUCGAACUAUAAGUACGAGUACAAGGCGCCAAUAGAAAUUUUUGGAAUUGGCCCCCAUUUUAUAGCACAAAAGAUUGUAAAAUGCGCAUACGACCUCGAAGAUUUGGAAGUCCAGUGUACAAGGAAUUGA